AUGCGUGCGGUGUGCGCCUUUCAUUUGGGCUGUGAUGCGUCGGUCGACCCAAGUCCAGCCUCAGUUUCACACUGCCUGGUGGCUCUCGGAUCCACGAUGGCGGUCCCCAAAAACGUGGCAGACCUGAUGGAUGAGAUAAACAAGCUGAGCACCCCCGACUUCGACUGCAUCUGUGAGCAGAUCGACAAAGCUCGUAAGGAGCGCAAGAUGAACGUGAUUAUGGUGACCGUCAGCCAGCUCGAUGGCACGCAUCUACUCGGACCAGAGCUGAUGCCAGCGUCCACUUCGGCAGGACAGCUUAGCAAUCGUUUCUCGCGUGUGCAACCAAAUGAAGUGAUGGAGUUUGUGGUCGGCACAACAUUCCUUCAGCCAACAGACACACUGGCCAGCCUGGGAGAGGAGUUCAAGGGUACGCUAUACCUUGUCCGGCGUCCUGAGCGGAUGAAGAUUGAGCCACACCGACGAAUGCGCGGAUUAUUCGUGGCUAGCCUGACUCUUGGUACUUCCGACAUUCUCGUUGUUCCAGGAGGAGCUUGCUUUGCUCAUGAGACCGUCUAUCAGCCUGGGCUAGACCAGGGCAGGGCCGAGCUGGAAGAGCUGCAGGUGCCAGAGGUGACCUUCCGUUCUUGGAACCCGUUCUGUUCUUACAUCGCGGCAGCAAUCGUUAAUGGAAUUAGCGCAGCUCCAAAAUGGAAGGAUGCGCGCGUGUUGGCUGUUGGCCUGCCCGCUCUUGAGCUGACUUACCUGUCAGACUUGGUGGGUAAGGGCGGUGCUGUUGUACGCACACGAUCAGAGCCCCUCGAAGCUGGAGCAGUCGGCAAGCUGAGGCAACACUGGCCGAACGUGCAAGAACUGGUUGACCUCCCUGAUGACAUAGGCAGAUUUCAUGCCCUGCUGAUCCACGGAGAUGUAGAGGCUAGCCAGCCGGUACUGGAUAAUGUCAAGACGCUCCUCUUUCCAGGUGCAGUGGUGAUGUGGUCUAGAGAGAUUGCUCCUGGUCCUGGUAGUAAAUACCCUGAGGAGGAGUUUGCUCGAACUGUUCAAAGCAUGAAGCAGGCUGGCCUAAGACCAAAAGAGCAGGUGACGCUGGAGCCUUUCUUUCACGGCUCUGCUCUGAUUGUGUCGGGGACUGGCAAAGACUGGCCGGCGUAA